AAGGGAAAGACUUGAAUUUAAUUGCGUAAAGAAUUGAGCCCAACGCAGUCUGUUAACAUAACACCGGCAUCACAAUGACAGCUCUGCAAGAUGCCAAACGGAAACUACUCUGUUUUGAUUCUCACCUAUUUCAGUAUUUCCUAUUAAUCAACAACAAAGCUCUGCAAUUCACUUCAAUGGGCCGCAGGCAAACCGAUCCAGAUUUCGGUCGUUAUGCUCUUCUCAUCCUUUUCUCGAUGGCUGCAAUCUCCUGCUGCAUGGUUUAUCUCUGCUUCUCUUUAGUCUUCAGACCCAGUACAGGGUCUUUGGAUUCAGGUGUCGCUGAAUUAGCGGAGAGUGAAGGAGAAGGAGAAUAUAUCGAUUGUUGCAGAGGGAUUGAGCAUUUGGAGCUCUGGGGUGAUGCUGUGAAGUGGGGCUCUGAUUUUAAGGUCAAUUCUUCUAAAGAAUGUUGUUUGGCUUGUAAGAAUAUGUGUAGUGGUGAAGAUGGACCUUGUUUGUGUGAUUCUUGGGUGUUCUGUGGAGAUAAAAAGGCUUGUGGGUCUAAAUUCGGCGAGUGUUGGUUGAAGAAACAGAAGGAUUCCUUGGAGCCUGAUCGGCGAGACUCUGGUCCUCAAGUUAUGUGGACUUCUGGACUAGUUUUUGGGAAAGGAGAGGGCAUAAUUGGACUGGAAACAGAAUAUGGGAUGCUUCAUAUAAAAGAGUUCUGUCACUCGUAUGAUAACAAGCUUUUACCAGACUGUGCCCCGCAUUCUGUUUCUUAUCUCCUUGAACUGUUGGCAUCGCAUCAUUGUGCGGGUUGCCAUUUUUAUCGUUCAGAAAGUCGUGGAAGGUUUUGGGAUCCAGAAGGAAAUCAUAUCAAACAGGCCCCAUAUGGCCCACCUUUUGCACUAAUUCAAGGAACACUUGAAGCGCAUGGGACAGUAUUCAAGGAUGUUCCAACAGAGGCAUGCCCUAGAGUAAGAAGAGGCUCAAUUGCAUGGGUUGGUUCUGGCCCGGAAUUCUUUAUAAGCUUAGCUAACCACAACGAGUGGAAAAAGGCAUACACCUUGUUUGGGUUUGUUCUUCCUGAGGAUAUGGAAACUGUAGAGAAAAUUGCAAAUCUUCCUACCAAAGCAGAGGUAUGGAGCGAUAUUAAAGUUGCUGUCUUGGAAAAACCCGUUGCAUUUCAUUUCCGAAGAAUCAGAAGUCGUAGAUACGUGGAUCCUAGUUAAAUAUAUUUGAAUAUUGAUACUGGAAUUACCCUUGAAACUCAGUUGAUAUGUAGUCAGAAAAGGAACAGAAACAAAAACAAAAACAAGGGAGAGCAGAAUCAAUCAUUAUCAGCAUCAUCUAUGCUCACCAAUUGUAAUAUGUGUUGAUUGCUGAGAAAUGAUUAUUUGUAAAUGGAAGGGCUUGUCGACGCCAUUUGUCACUGUCUUGAAUCUUAAGAAUUUUAUGCUCAAUGAUGUAGCCUUUAAACGAUCGAGCAUUUUAGAACAGAGUAACAUUUGGUUUGGCAUCCACGUUUCUCUUUGCUUGUAAACAAAUAAACAAAUCCUAAGUAUUGGAUGCAGCAGCCAUUGUGUUCUUUAUCAUCUA